AUGGCUACUGUUGUUCCGAAGUACUCUGUGAGGAAGGCAACUCGAGCUGAUGUAGCCGCCAUAAAAAACUUAACAGACAUGGAGAAGUGGGACAUUCCAAAAAGCUUCAUGUACUGCAUGUUUGAUAUGGAUUCAAGGGCUUGGUUUGUAGCUGAAUCCGACUCGGGCGAAAUACUCGCUUGUCGAGCCUUGGCGUUUCAUAACGAGAAGACAGUAGCCGGUGGCAUCUAUCUUGUAAGGAAAGACCUCAGAGGCAAAGGAAUCGGACGUGAUGUGAACCUUCAAUCACUCAAGGCAGUGGGUGACGCAAACAUCGUCAUAUCAGCUACUUUCGUUAACCUUUACGACACCCAUGGCUUCACUUUCUAUUAUGACGUACACCAAAAACGUGGGCCAGCGGAAGUCAUACUGGGGGCAAUUCCUGAUGCAGUACUGAGUUCGGAUAUCAUCAUUGUCCACUUUGAAGGCUCCAUGUUUACUGAGUUGAAGGCGUACGACGAGAAUGUAUGUGAAAGCGAGAGGGAUUACUUCUUCAAAAACUGGAUCAUCAACCAUGCAAAAUAUAUUCUUAUUGCUCGAUCACAUGCCGGGGGUGUCGUAGGAUAUGGAUGUCUGGGUGUGACAGAAUACUCCAAUGAGAUUGCACCUUUAUAUGCUGAUAGUGACAACAUUGCUUUGGCACUAUUGAAAGGAAUCUUGCAACUCUUAAAUCCAAAGAAAAUUGUUGAUAUGUUUAUCAUCUCAGAAAACAGAGCAAUGAUGGAGAUUGUUGACAAAGUUCCUCUAACAAAUAUGUUUACAGUUCAUAAAAUGUACACUAAAAUGCGAGUACCCCACACCCUUGAGCGGUUGUACUCCUUAUCUGCCAGCGAAUUAUCCACCAUAUGA